UUUUAUGUGUGCAUUUGCACUGUAUUGUGCACUAUGCAUUAGAGAAUCAAAUUUAAAAUGUUUUAAAAUGUGAAUAGUUUCACGUGCUUUACAAUAAUUAGUUAAAAAAAUAUAUUUUUCAUCAAGUAUCAUAGAGAACUUCAGCCAGAUGAUUAUCAUGGACCACUUCACCUGGGAUUAUCAAGACCUGUCUAGGCUGUGGAGGUUUUGUCUGCUUGUAACUCUUUUGUGUUCAGAAGUUUUGUCACAACAAAGAUUCCUGGUAGAGCCACAAGACACGAGCGCCAUCGAGGGCUCCACCACCGUGUUGUACUGCAAGGUUGCGAGUCGGAUCGGACCCCUCCAGUGGACGAGAGACUCGUUUGCGCUCGGGAUGGAGAGAAACCUGCCGGGCUUCGACAGAUAUUCCAUGAUUGGCAGCGAGUGGGAGGCAGGGGCCGAAACAAUAGGAGAGUUCAACCUGCAGAUCCGUAAUGUUCAGCUGGAGGAUGAUGCAAUCUAUGACUGUCAGAUGGGGGCGGUGGAGGGCGUGCCAGGGAUGCGCAGUCGCAAGGCAAAACUCAUGGUGCUAAUUCCUCCCGACGAGCCUGUGAUCGAAGGUCAACCAAUAAUCUCUGUGAUUCUCGGACGCCCGACCAACAUUACGUGCCGCGCUAACAACAGCCGCCCGGGCGCCGACAUCACGUGGCACAUCAGCAACCGGAGACUCACGGACCGGAUCUACUCGCGGAGUGUGCCGCAGUCAGUCGGAAAGCUGGUCGAUUCGGUCGGGAUUCUCACGAUAAAUGCGACGAAGUCCGACAGCGGGAAACAGCUGGAGUGUCGUGCUCAGAACGAGGCUCUCAACGAGCCGCGGACAGUGACGGCGACGAUUAACGUGCAGUACCCUCCAGAAAUCCAGAUGUCUAUUAAUGUCUCCGACAUUAGAGAGUUCAGUUUUGUCCAGUUUUCCUGUCACGGGUUGGCCAAUCCAGCCUUUAUCAGAUGGAGAUGGUUCCGUAAUGACAUACAGAUGGCUGGUGAAACGCGGAACAGACUGACGAUUCGGGCAAUAACACGGGAAUGGCACGAGGAUAAGAUUGCCUGCGAGGGAUUCAAUGCUGUUGGCAAGACGAGAAAACAGUUCACGCUGAAUGUCGAAUUUGGGCCACGGUUCACGAAGCCGGUCGAACACCAGGCUGUGGAUGUCGGUCAGACCGCGGUGCUGAGGUGUGAGGCGGAGGGGAACCCCCCUCCACACAUCAUCUGGACCAAAAAGGGAUCACAUCAUAUACAGGGAAGCUCUCCUGAACUGAAGAUAAUGAAAGUGCAGGAAGGCUCAUUUGGCAUUUACGUGUGUACGGCGAACGUGAUGGGUUUCAAUGAAAUAAGUCGUGAAGUCUACUUACUAGAGAAUGGAAAACCCAAAAUAAUGAGCGACGCUAAACAGUACGCCUCUAGGGGAGAGAAGGCGAAACUGGAAUGCAGUGCCGUGUCGGUGCCGAAACCGUUUGAAAUCAGGUGGUCGAAGGCCGGAAUCGCCAUUGACUACCCGAGUUCGGGGAAGUUUUCUAAACACGAGGAAAGCUUGCCAUAUGGACAGAAGAGUAUUUUACAGAUUCUCGAUACGGGGGGAGAGGAUUUUGGCGACUACAACUGCACAGUGAAAAACAUCUAUGGAGAGGACAUGGCAGUGAUAUCAUUAAUAGAAAAAGUGGUUCCGCCAUUACCGUACAUCAUAGGGGGCGCUGUUGGCGGAGUGGCCGUGUUAUUUAUUAUCAUCCUGGCGUGCGUCCUAUAUCACCGCUACAAGAACGCCGAGUCGGGAAGUGUGUUAGGACAUAAAUACACGCCUACCAUUACUAUUUGUGAGUCCUGUGAUGAGUCGAGGGAUCCCAACACUUUAAAAAGCUCGUACACCGAUACGGACAGCAGCUCUGACAAAAAGCGGGAGAAAUCUGACUCCCCGUCGACACUGAUGGACCAAUGGAGACAAGACUACAACAAAGACUUCUACAGAUAUUCAGCAGAUUACGAUGAAGUCAAUUUAGGCUUCCCAAAAGAAGGGAAAGCCAACAAUAACGCGUACGGUGUGAUAGAGCCAUACCCGUUAGAGGUGGGGUACAGAGACGACGGGUCGGUGUUUGCUGGGGAAUACCAACACAGGACUGACGAAGUGGGAUCAAUAGAAAGGUUUGAGCCAACGUAUAACGGACAAUAUCCACUGACGAGUUUUAAAACUGGCGAAUAUUCAGAUUCUAUGUCGCGACUGCCACCCCCAGACUUUAGUAGCAAACUCGCAACAAACGUUUAGAAAUCAUAAAAGAUGUUGUGACUUGUGUUACCAUGGUGAUAUUUUUCUACAAAAUGUGCAUUAUUUUAAGCCUGAAGUCUGUUAUAAGAUAAACAUGACUGGAGACCACCAAUAUAAGACAUUGUGGUUGCUGUAUUCAUUGUAUUGGCCUUACAUUUAUUAAUAAUAAAAGGAUAUUACAGGCUAAACUGAGAACGACCAUCUUACCAUGAGCUUUACAAAACAGACAUCACAGGAUGAGCUGAAAAAGUCAUCACAGCAUGAGCUUAACAAAAAGUCAUCACAGCAUGAGCUCAACAAAAAGGACAUCACUGGAUGAGCUGAAAAAGUCAUCACAGCAUGAGCUUAACAAAAUGUCAUCACAACAAUAGCUUGACCAAAAAACACUUAAAAAGAUGAACUUGAAAAAGUCAUUACUGGAUGAGUUGCCAAAAAUCAUCCAGAAUGAGGUGAAAAAGUUGUUAAAGGAUGAGUUAAUAAAGGUCAUCAUAGAAUGACCUAAAAAGGUCAUUACAAGAUGAGUAACAAAGUCCUUACAGGACAAACUUGAUAAAACUGUAUGAGCAUGAUGCACUAGAAGUGAUGACAAAAUGAGCCUUACAAAAGGCACUAAAGGAUGAGUCUUUUAAAAGUCAUUAAAGGAUGAGUCUUUAAGGGCCAAACUGAAAAAUGUAUGUGCAUGUGGACGAUUUACAAGAAGUGACAAAAUGAGCCUUACAAGACACAUUAAUGGAUGAGUGUUAUAGAAGUCAUUAAAGAAUAGUCCUUACAAAGAUCAUCACAGGAUGAACCUUAUAAAAGUCAUUAUUAUAAGCGCUGAACUAAAGAUUGUAUGAACUUGAGGUGCUAGAAGUCAUGACAAAAUAUGUCUUAUGAAAGGCCUUACAGGAUGAGUGUUAUAAACAUCAUCAAAGAAUAGUCCUCACAAAGAUCAUCACAGGAUGAACCUUAUAAAAGUCAUGAUUAUAAGCACUGAACUAAAGAUUGUAUGAACUUGAGGUGCUAGAAGUCAUGACAAAAUAAGCCUUGCAAAAGGCGUUAAGGAUAAGGCUUGUAAACGCCAUUGAAGGAAGAUCCUUGCAGAGGUCAUUACAUAGGAUGGAUCUUGCGAAAAUCUCUGAAAGAUUAGCCUUACAAGUGAUUACACGAUAAGCCUUUCAAGUGAUUACAGGAUGAACUUAAAAGUAAUCGCAGGAUGAUUAAAGUUGGUUUACAUGUCAUUACCUUACAUAACAUCUCUGCAUUUUCCAUGUGUGAUGAAUUCAGAAUUGAACCAGAUGGAGUUUAGUCAAACAUUAAAAAAUAUUUCAUCAAGUACUUAAUUGAAAAAUGAUUUCAUGUCUGUGAGGUCAGCUGAAAAAAACAAACAGUUACCAGAUAAUGAACAAAAUCCUUUGAGUAUGACAUUAGCAUAUUAUUAUGUCUUGCUGACUUCCAUGUGUGUUUUAGUCAACUUAAAGAAUAAAAACAAAAUCAUCCACUAUAGGACAACACAAACAUCAUCACAGAAUGUAAAACAAAGAGGACAACACAUGAUUCAGCAAAAGAAAAAAAUCCACCACAGGCUACACUGUAGCUGUAUGGUAACAUAUAUGGUGGAUUUCUGCAUGUUCCAUGUGCGAAUCCAUUUGUAAUCCAGUGUAGCUGUUGUAUGCAGGUAACAUGCAUGGUGGAUCUCUGCAUGUUCCAUGUGAGAAUCCAUUUGUAUUCCAGUGAUUGUAAAUCAUGAAAAUCUAUUUGAAUCCAGUUUUAUUAAAAAUUUAAAAAAUAAUGUGCUACCAGUUAUGUUUUCAAGUUAUGACCCACACAAAAAAUGUUUUACCGACUUUUGUGACGUCACUACAAUGUGGAUGGAUUAUUGACAGAAAAUCGGAUUUCUAUGCAGUUGUUGUUCUUGUGGAGAAAUAAAAUAAUGAAGACCAUUUCCCUCUCUUUUGGAUAUAUUUCCUGGAGAACUCUAAGAUUGUGCCCACAACAGAUGUGCUUGGGACUUCAGUUGAUAUAAGCAGGUGUCAAGUACUGAAGACUUUGUUGAAAGGCCAUGGAAUUGAGGUGUUAAACAAGAUUUCUCUACACAUUAGUCAGAAGUAUUUAUUUAAAAGAAAAUACAUGUACAAAAAUAUGGAAGUCUGUGUAUGUGACAUCUCCACAGUAUGUAUGGAUUAUGUCCCUUUGUAUGGAAGUCUUUUUUUUUUGUCUUUUUUUUUAAAUUGUGGAUGCCAAACAUCUAUAAAGAAAAAGAAGACUGUUAAAAAAAAACCCAGAAGGAAAUUUAAGAAGUCUGUGUACAUGGCACAUCCCAAAUAUGUAUGUGUAUAUGGCAUGUAAGGGUCAUGUCCCUUUGUGUGGAAGUCUUUUGGUUGUGGAAACUAGACAUCUGUUGAGAAAAAGAAGAC